UCGUGUUUUUUUUUUUGUUGUUGCUUCCCACUCCAAACGCAGAGAUGACGGUGAAGCUGGACUUUGAGGAGUGCCUGAAAGACUCUCCGCGCUUCAGAGCUGAAAUUGAAGUCGUCCAAACGGAUGUGAGUGAACUGGAGACCCGCCUGGACAAGCUGGUGAAACAAUGCCAGGCCAUGCUGGAGGCGGGCAGGGCCUACUGUCAGACCAGCAAGAGCUUCGUCAACGGCCUCCGGGAGCUGGGACACCAAUUCUCCAAAAAGCUAUCCGUCAUCCUGGAGGCACACGGGGAAGUGAUCGAGACCACACAGAAGUCGGUCAAAACCAAGCUGCAGAACUUCGUGAAGGAGGACGUGCGGCGUUUCAAAGACGUGCGGAAAGAGUUUGAGCGCGGCAGCGAGGCCCUGGAGGCGGCGCUUUCCCGCAACGCCCAGGCUCCCCGGGGCAAGCAGCACGAGGUGGAGGAGGCCAGCAACGCGCUGCUCAACGCGCGGAAGGCCUUCCGGUCGGAGGCCCUGGACUACGUCCUGGAGAUCAACGUCAUCGAGGCCAAAAAGAAGACGGAUAUUCUGAACGCGAUGCUGUCCCUGAUGGAGGCCCAGGGCCAGUUCUUCCAGCAGGGCCACCAGUCUCUGUCCGAGCUGGACGAAUAUCGGCAGAAACUGAACGAAGAGCACACGCAGUUUGUCCUAAAUGCUGCCAGGGAGAAGAGAGACAUGGAGCAGAGACACGCGGCCAUCAAGAAAAAGGACAUGUCUUAUGACGACUCCAUCAUGGAUUUCAAUGCUGAUGCCGCUAACGGGAUUGCGAUGGAGGGAUACCUCUAUAAGAGGGCAAGCAAUGCCUUCAAGACCUGGAGCAGACGCUGGUUUUCCAUUCAGAAAAAUCAGCUGGUGUACCAGAAGAAGUUCAAGGACCAGCCCACCGUCGUGGUGGAGGACCUGCGUCUAUGCACCGUGAAGCCCAGCUCGGAGAACGAGAGGCGAUUCUGCUUUGAAGUGGUGUCCCCGUCAAAGUGCUGUUUGCUGCAGGCGGACUCGGAGAGGCAGCAGCAGGCCUGGAUCAGCGCCGUCCAGAACAGCAUCGCCUCGGCCUUCCAGGAGCACCGGGAGGACGCGCACAGCCCAAGGCGGCGCUGCAGCUCGGUGUCGGCCAGCAGCCUGCCGGGGGGCGGCGCCGGGGGGGGCGCCGACCCGGAGACCAAGGGGUGCAAGGCGCUGGAGGAGGUGCAGGCCAUCCCGGGGAACAAGCACUGCUGCGACUGCGGAGAGCCCGGUCCCGACUGGGCCUCCAUCAACCUGGGCAUCACGCUGUGCAUCGUCUGCUCGGGGAUACACAGGAGCCUGGGGGUCCACUUCUCCAAAGUGCGCUCCCUCACUCUUGACUCGUGGGAGCCAGAGCUCAUUAAGCUGAUGUGCGAGCUGGGAAACACAGUCAUCAACAGGAUCUACGAGGCUCGGAUUGAUGAGAUCACCAUCAAGAAGCCUCAGCCCUCCAGUCCCAGAGGAGACAAGGAGUCGUGGAUUCGAUCAAAAUACGUCGAGAAGAAGUUUAUCCAGAAGCUGCCCGAGACGGGCCGGAACCCCCCGGUGAGGCGGAGCAGCGGCCGGAGGACCAGAGCGACCACGCAGGACCGGACGGCCCAGCGGCCGCCUCUGAAGCCCAAACCCAACCGGGCCACGCUGGCUCGCAACACAGGCCUGAGCCCCAGCGACAUCAUGCAGAACAACAAUACGGGCUUUUACAAAGGUGAGACGCACACACGGCCACACCAAACACGCUGCCUCGAUGGGAACCUGUCGGCGGUUUGCGCCUCCAAAAAAAGGAAACCGACGCGAUGGCUGCGAACCGUCUACUUCCUUUCAGAUGAGGAAGAGGAAGAGGAGGACCUGAGUGGCCUUCAUCCCGGGGCGCUGCUCUACCGCUCGGCCGCCCUGCAGAACUUCCCCGUCAUGGCCGACGCCCUGGCCCACGGCGCCGACGUCAACUGGGUCAACCCGGCCCGGGGCUCCAGCACGCCCCUGAUCCAGGCCGUCUCCGCGAACGCCCUGGCGGCCUGCGAGUUCCUGCUGCAGAACGGCGCCAACGUCAACCAGGCGGACAGCGGCGGGAGGGGCCCGCUGCACCACGCCACCAUCCUGGGCCACACCGGGUUGGUUUGUCUCUUCUUGAAGCGAGGAGCCGACUACAACGCCAAAGACGAGAGCCAGAAGGACCCCAUAACCAUCGCCGUGGACAACGCCAACGCGGACAUCGUGACUUUGUUGCGGAUCGCCAAAAUGAACAAGGAGAUGCGGGAGAUGGACGGAGCGUUCGGCCAGCCAGGCGAUGAAACCUACCAGGACAUUUUCAGAGACUUUUCACAUAUGGCGUCAAACAACCCCGAGAAGCUCAAACGCCGCAGCGCAGAUCCCAAAACUUAACCGGCCUCCGGCUCCGCUUCCUCCUCUCCAGUUUGUACACAUUUCGGCCAAUCCAACCGACGUCUUCUCACAGGCACACGCCGGCGAGUCGGCCUCAGGCGUGCAGACACACACUUUCU